AAGAGACAGUAGUGACACCAGGACACGCCACAUGGCCCCAACCACCUCCGAUGCCAGCGCUUCCACGCUCAGCAUGAAGCUGCUAGUGGACACCAAGGCCCAGCGCGUGCUGUACGCGGAGGCCAGCAAGGACGUCGUCGACUUCCUCUUCUCCCUCCUCACCCUGCCCGUAGGCACCGUCGUGAAGAUCCUGAGCAAGGGCGCCAUGGCCGGCUCCGUCGGCAACCUCUACGGGAGCGUCGAGAAGCUGGACGAGACCUAUGUCCGCUCCGCCGGCGUGAAGUCGGCGCUGCUCUCGCCGACCGGCGGUUGUGCCGGCAAGCUCCUCCAGCUGCCGGAGGCGCCGCAGCCUCCGCGCACUCAACUUUACCGGUGCGACCGACACAACUACUCCCAAUGUUACGACAUCAUGAGCAGGUCAUCCGGCUACCCGUGCCAGCAGCGAUAUUGCGGCGGCAAGAUGACAGUGCCGGUGCAGAUCGUGGGUCCGACCACGGGAUCCGGUGAUGACGAGGCAGCGACCGCCGGGUUCGUGCAGGGCGUAGUAACGUACACGGUGAUGGACGACCUGAAGGUGGCGCCCACUUCUACCAUCUCCGGGAUCACCCUGCUCAUCAACACCUUCGGCAUCACCGACAUCGGCACGCUCCGGGAGAAGAUCGUGCAGCUGGGCUACGACGAGGGUUUGGAGAUCCUGCGCGUGGCGCUGCAGUCCAAGACCGUGCUCACAGACGUCUUCCUUGGGAAGAAACGCAAGGCUUGAUGAGGCAGUGCUCGGCAGCUCGCUAGCUUUUCGUUUUGUUUGUUCGAUCCUGUCCCAGUAUGAUUCCUCCAGCCGGCCAGGCGCCAGCUGCGCGUCUUUUGCUUCGCCGUUUCCCUCUGCUGGUCGUCGUGUGCAUCUUUUGUGUGCUUCUUCGUGCAGUCAUUCGCUCUCUGCAGGUUCAGUCAUUUUGAGUAGUAGUAACUUCUAUCUUGCCAUUUUGUCACGCAAUUUACACUGAAACGUGCAUGCAUUUAUCCAUAGUACUA